CACUUCCGUGUUGUUAUUCUGUUAUUCUGGCAAAUAGCUAGCUAGCUAAAUACGUGAGUCAAAGUGCAAUUGCUAGCCAGUUAAUUGGUGAUUUAACCAUAAUGGUUUUAUAAGAUCAAUACCUAGUGUAGUUUUAUUCGCCAGAAUGUCGUUGCUACAAGGCUCCAAGAAAAAGGACAAGCGUAUUUUGUCCGGUACCUGCCCAGACCCGAAAUGCCAGGCGAGGCUAUUCUUCCCUGCUUACGGCUCGAUCAGCAUUGAAUGCACUGAGUGUGGCCAACGCCACGAACAGAAUAAUCUUUUAAAUGUGGAAGAAGUAACUGAUCCAGACGUUGUACUGCACAAUUUAUUAAGAAAUGCCCUACUCGGUGUCACUGGGGCCCCAAAGAAGGGAACCGAGCUGGUGAAAGUGAUGGGGCUUUCCAACUACCAUUGCAAGCUCCUCUCUCCUAUUCUCACAAGGUAUGGAAUGGAUAAGCAGACGGGAAAAGCGAAACUUCUGAGGGAAAUGAAUCAAGGAGAGAUGUUCGACUGCUCACUUCUAGGUGAUCGGGCGUUUCUAAUCGAACAUGAGCAUGUAUCUACAGUUGGCUAUGGCAAGGACAGAUCCGGGAGCCUGAUAUACCUUCACGACACUUUGGAGGAGAUUAAGAAAGCUAACAGCAACAAAGAAUGCCUAAUUCCUGUUCAUGUGGAUGGAGAUGGACAUUGCCUUGUUCAUGCUGUGUCCAGGGCCCUGGUAGGCAGAGAACUGUUCUGGCAUGCCUUGAGAGAGAAUUUGAAACAGAAUUUCAAGCAAAAUCUGGAUCGCUACAAGGCACUCUUUCAGGAUUUUAUUGAUGCAGCCGAAUGGGAGGACAUCAUCAACGAAUGUGACCCCCUUUUUAUCCCACCGGAGGGUGUGCCACUGGGACUUCGAAACAUUCACAUAUUUGGCUUGGCCAAUGUGCUGCACCGCCCCAUAAUCUUGUUAGAUUCACUGAGUGGAAUGAGGAGCUCUGGGGAUUACUCUGCAACUUUUCUCCCAGGGCUUGUACCGGAAGAGCAGUGCAAGGGGAAAGAUGGGAAGUUCAACAAGCCUAUAUGCAUCGCCUGGAGUAGCUCAGGGCGUAACCACUACAUCCCUCUAGUCGGAAUAAAAAACACCGUCCUCCCCAAGCUGCCGCCGAAGCUUCUCCCCAAAGCAUGGGGGGUCCCACAGGAGCUCAUCAAGAAGUACAUUAAGCUGGAGCAAGAUGGGAGCUGUGUCAUCGCGGGAGACAGGCGCUUACAAGACAAGUAUGUGAUGAGACUGGUCAAUGCCAUGGAGGAGAUCUUCAUGGAGAAGCAUGGCAUCCACCCCUCCCUGGUGGCAGACGUGCAUCAGUACGUUUACAGACGGACCGGUAUGAUCGGCGUCCAACCCGAAGAGGUGACGGAGGCUGCCAAGAAAUCAGUCAUGGAAAACCGGCUACAUCGCUGUCUGAUCUGCAAUGCACUCUCUGAGCUUCAUGUGCUACCUGAGUGGCUGGCUCCAGGUGGUAAGCUCUACAACCUGGCUAAAUCCACCCAUGGGCAGCUCAGACCCGACAAGAACUACAGCUUUCCAUUAAACAAUGUGGUCUGCUCUUACGACCCUGAGAAGGACAUCCUCAUUCCUGACUACAAACUGAGCACAUUGAACACCUGCAACUGGUGCCACGGCACCUCAGUGCGUCACAUCCAUGGCAAUGGCUCUGUGGUGUACCUGGAUGGAGACAGAACCAACACCCGCUCCCAGGGGGGGAAGUGCGGCUGCGGCUUCAAGCACUACUGGGAGGGAAAGGAGUACGACAAUCUGCCAGAGGCUUUCCCCAUCACUCUGGAGUGGGGUGGGCGUGUCGUGAGGGAGACAGUGUACUGGUUCCAGUAUGAGGUUGAGGUGACCCUGAACAGCAACGUCUAUGAUGUUGCCAUGAAACUGGUUACCAAGCAUUUCCCUGGGGAGUUUGGGAGUGAGCUCCUCGUGCAGAAAGUGGUGAACACCAUUUUACAUCACACUGCCAAGAAGAACCCAGACGAGUAUAACCCAGUCUCUAUUGACGGGGCGCAUGCUCAGAGGCUCACAGACGUGGUGGAAACCCAACAGGCUGUUGACACACAGCCACCGACUAAGAUCAUACUAACUGGGCAGAAAUCAAAGACCAUUCACAAAGAGGAGCUGACCAUGAGUAAAGCAGAGCGGAGCCUUCAGCAGAGCAUUAGCGAACAGGCCCUAGUGACCCAGAAAAGGAGGACAGAUCGACUGAAGCAGGAGCAGAAGGGAGUCCAGGGACACGGGCGGCCAUCCUCUCCAAGUGCUGCUCAGGAACCUUCCUCCUCCGCCCCAGCCACGCCCACCAAAUCCUCCUUCACCCCCACUGCCAGUAAGGAGAAGAAGAUCCGUGUCACCACUAGCGACGGGCGGCAGGCCAUGCUCACUCUACAGGCUCAGACCACCUUCUCUGAGCUCCAGAGGAGCAUUGCUAACGAGUUCAUCGUGCCUCCAGCCCAGCAAUGUAUUCGACAUGGGUUCCCUCCCAAAGAACUUUUGCCUCCCAAGGAUGGAGAGGAGAAUGAGCCUGUGGCCCUCCAACAUGGGGACAGGGUGACUGUGGAGAUCCUGAGAGGUCCAGAGGACCACAAGGUCUCCGCCCCAAGUGCUUCCAGUUCCCAUUCAUCCCUGCAUUCCCUCCACUCUGUGAAGAGUGAUGAUCCAGUGACUUCCAGCAGAAUGAAUACUAGCAGAGAGCUGCAGGACAACAUUGACCUUGAGAUGUCCUCCCUCUGUCUCCUAGCAACCUUAAUGGGUAAGAAAGGGGAAGGGUGGGAAAAUAUUUUCUUACUCAAAUCAGUAGUAAUCUUUACUUUACGUCAUUAUUUACUGUAAAAAAAAAAAGACAAUCUAGCAACAUGUAAGUGGCAUACCUGUUUGAGUUAUGCAGAACACUGCUGUGAUGUCAUUACAAAAAGUAAAACAUGACUUGCUGUACAGGGGAACCUGUUUGUUGAUUCACCUUUAAGACUAUAGUUACAGGCAUGCCACCUUAGAUCAUCCCCUCAGUAAAUAUAAGGCUAGCAACAGAAUGUGAUGGGUGUGAUUGUGAGAGUGAGAGGCUAGUAACUGAUAGGCCUAUAGGCUUUACAGACGGUAGCGUUACACAGCAUAAGGGCAUGCUGUUCUUGGAUUGGUUACAAGAAGCAGGAUGAAUGACAAAGUACUACAGGUAUUGAGUGACUGGUGGGCUUACCAGGGAUGGAUCAAGGCCUAAUCUUUGGGGAUAAUGACUUUUUUCCAUUUGAAAUAAUUAUAAUAUAUCCAAGUGCUUUCUCUGUACCUCAGCGACGUGGCAUUUGGAUUUCAUUGAAACGCAUGCAGCAGCAGUCUCGAGGAGAGAGGAGAGGGUAGACUGUAUGAAAGUGCUGAUGCGGUCAUCUCCACUCCUUCACCUACCAACAGAGUCUGAGUUCCAGUCUCUGGACACUCUUCCGCCUUCACCGUCUUACUAGCAUAUUGCAAUGCAAUCUUAUCUGGCCCGUAAUAUUAGGGCCAGUAAUGUAAGUUGGAAUAGAAGCUAAUUGCAAAGGGUGGCAAGGCAACCUAUUUUUGCUGCAUAAUUAGAAUUUUGAUCUGAGGAAAACCACAUGAUGGCUUGUAUUCUAUUAAUUUAUUUUCAUGUUUCACAUGCUAAUUGCAGUAUUUUUUUUUCCUACGCAGGAGAAGAUGUCUGGUCAUAUGCAAAAAAACUGCCCCACUUAUUCCAGCAAGGUGGCGUUUUCUACAACAUAGUGAAGAAAGAUAUGGGUAUGUAGACAUGUUUUCUGUUAUUGUGCCCUUUUCAUUUUGCAUAACUUAAAUGACAACUACAGUAUAUUUUUUACAUUCAACUUUUGCAUGUGAUAUGUACUGAUCUGUGUUAACCCUACCUAUAAUGGCUCUUGUCUCGUCUGCAGGCCUGAUGGAUGGCAAACACUGCACCCUCCCACACCUGACUGGAAAGACGUUUGUGUACAACGCAGCAGAGGAGUGUCUGGAGCUGUGUGUGGAUGCAGCGGGACACUUCCCCGUGGGCCCUGAUGUGGAGGACCUCGUCAAGGAGGCCCUGGUGCAGCUCCGCUCUGAGGCUGCCUCCAGGAGCCGGGAGGGAAGCCCCUCUCACAGCCUGCUGAGGCUCGGGAGUGGAGGCGUGGUGCGCAAGAAGGAGCAGCUCCAGAGUGUCAACGCCUUCCAAGGUAAGGGCCACUCCCUGGGCACCGCCCCAGGUGGCUCUCCCCCUGAACACAAGCCCAUCACCCGCCAGCACAGCAGCGGGGUGGACCUGAGCGCCAGCGUCUCAAAGGGACCCGACCUCUCUGACAUCUCAGAAGAUGCAACCAAGGAGCUGGUGCGCAUGGCUCCCGGUUUCGUCACCAUGAAAGACAGCCGACACCUGGACCCUAGUAUGAUCGAAGAGCAGAGGAAAAAACUACAGGAGAUGGUCUCAUCCAUCCAAGCCUCCAUGGACAGGCACCUGAGGGAGCAGAGCAAUGCAGGGGCAGGCACUGGGGGCCCUGCAGAGAGGACAAGUGGGGCUAAGAUGAAUGCUUCCCAAUCUGCCCCAGGGGUAGGUGACCAGGAGGCCUCUUCUAUGGACGUAUCUACUGCUGGUGCUCAUGGCACACCACAUGGCACACCAGUGAAGGCAGGGAACAAGCCUGAUGGAAAGGAUGCAGCGUCAGAGGAGCUGGAGGAAAUGGAUAGCCAGGAUGCAGAGCAUAGCAACGCCCUGGAGCCAAUGGAUCAUUCCUGAUGGGAAAAGGGCCCGGUCCUAUAGUUUUCUCAGUCAUGAUCAGUCACCCCUCUAUCUGGUUGGCAUUUGUAUGUGAAUGCUUCAGGUUGUAUCAAUGCUUUGAUAUUCAUUGUGUUUUGUUGUCUUUACUGCAUGAUUGACAGAGGUUGACCAUUUCUGCCUUUGGUGACAGACUAAUGUUAUUAUACAGAAACAUGCACCAAGCUCCAAGGAGCGAAGCUGGUUCUCAUGUGUGAAAUGCAUUACUGUAGAUAUCCUCCAUGUCUUAAGACAAGAGGUACAGCUUGAGUUGAUGAGAUCCCACGCCAGUAUUGUAAUGUCUGCAAACAUCCACUUCAGCAAAGUGCACACUGUAAAUGUAACAUGAAUACCAUCAUCACAUUUUCUGGUUUACCAUCAUAUUUGCUAUAAACAACAACAGUGAAAUAUUCCAAAUU